AUGUAUUUUACUGUGCUUAUUAUUAUUUUAGUAAAGGUUCAUUACAGUUUGUCAUCAGACAAGUUUUAUAGUGAACUAAAUGUGAAUGAUAUUCUUCGUACUGAUUUGAUGCCGACAUUUUUUCUGGCGAAUGAUGAUGCGUCUCAAAAGUCGAGGGAACGAAGUAAUACGCCAUCUACUAAUGGGUCAAUCGAUGCGGCUUUAUCGACUCUCACAUUUCACAGAAAAAUGAUGAAUGAAUAUCACUGUAGAAAUUAUAUUGCUGAACAAAUUCUGGAAGAGGUAGGCAAAAAUUCCUUGCAAAGGCGUCUCGGGAUGCCAUUUGAUAUCGGCCAAAGCAAAAGUGGUUAUCCGCGAUCUCAAAAUUUAUACGACGUGGGCUCAGCAAAUUAUCAAGAGUGGCUUGCCAAGGUAUCGGCUAUGAACGACAUAUACCGUCAUUACAAUAUGACUAUUAAUCCAAAUAUAACCGGUUCAUUACCAGUCAAUCCUCAAACAGUGCAGGCCAACCCUAGAGAUGGUUAUGAAGUGAUGGAGUCAGGCGAAACAAUUUUCGGUGACCCGGAUGUGACACAUGACUUAUCUAAACACGCUGGGGGUUACGAGUAUUCCAUGCCUCCCCCGCCACCACCAAUGUACCACACUGAACACGAGCCAGAUGAUCAUCACAUAGAGAAGGAGUCGCAUGGUCUGAGCGUCGCAGACUUAUUCGAAAUAUCACUUACAGGCAUUGCAUUUCUUUCAUUCGGCAUGUUUGUCCUGCAAGUUCUCAUGUGUAUUACUAUGACCGAGCAACAACCCCAAGUGAUGCAAAUGGUGGACAACACAGAUAAUAUCAACGUUGAUAAUGUAUUCCGCUUCAAACGUGAAACACAACCCCGACAAUUGAAAUCAUUAAAUAGUAUCUCACGGUACGCUCUUAUGGCAUUGAAGCCGCAAACAAAUAUGUGCCUUUACAGGACACUGUGUUUGGGGAAUAAACAUAUGAGGACUCUGCGGGAUAAGGAAAGAUAUUGGCUACCUUUGAUUCAUGCUGGGAUUGCUUGGACCCGCGGCGUGACUUUGGGAGCAUUGCGCGCAGCUACCCUAGGUCUUGGUGAUGCCGACUGCAAUAAAAUUUAUCCGAAAGAUAUGUGUUAUCAAUAA